CAUAAGGCAGUACCUAGUUCGUGUUCACCAUGCCAUCAGCAGAGCUCCACCUUCCUUUUCUUCUCCAAGAAAAACCCACCCCUUACUUUCCUUCACUUUCCCAGUAACCAAACAAGAAAUGGAAACUCCACAUAAUGAAUUCAUUUUCCGUUCAAAACUGCCAGACAUUUACAUCCCUUCCCAUCUCCCUCUCCACACUUACUGCUUCCAGAACUUGUCCCAGUUCAAAGACCGUCCCUGCCUUAUCAAUGGCAACACCGGCGAGACCUUCACCUACGCCGAUGUCGAGCUCACCGCCCGGAAAGUCGCCUCAGGUCUCAACAACCUCGGCAUCGAACAAGGCCACGUCAUCAUGCUUCUCCUCCAGAACUGUCCCCAAUUCGUCUUCGCCUUCCUCGGAGCCUCCUACCUCGGCGCCACCGUCACGACUGCCAACCCAUUUUUCACCCCGGCCGAGAUCGCCAAGCAAGCCACGGCUUCCAAAACCCAGCUCAUCAUAACACAAUCAUCCUUAGCCGACAAGGUUACGGAUUUGGCCAGAGACAGUGACAUCCAAGUGAUGUGUAUCGACGAGACGACUGAUUUCCUACUUUUCUCGGAUUUAACGAAGGCCGAUGAAGGGGGAAUCCCGGCGGUGAAGAUCUCCGCAGACGACGUCGUUGCGCUGCCUUAUUCAUCAGGCACGACAGGACUUCCCAAAGGGGUCAUGCUCACGCACAAGAGUCUCGUUACAAGUGUGGCUCAACAGGUUGAUGGAGAGAACCCUAAUCUGUAUCUUCAAAGAGACGAUGUGAUUGUGUGCGUUUUGCCUCUGUUUCACAUUUAUGCGAUGAACUCUGUGUUGCUGUGUGGGCUUCGUGUCGGUGCUGCGAUUUUGAUCGUACAGAAGUUUGAGAUAGGGACGUUGCUUGAGCUGGUAGAGAAACACCGAGUGAGCGUUGCGCCGUUUGUGCCGCCCAUCUUGUUGGCCUUUGCGAAGAACCCAAACCUGCAUCGAUACGACCUGUCGUCUAUAAGGAUGAUUUUGUCCGGUGCGGCUCCACUGGGGAAAGAGCUCGAGGAUGCUGUGAGGGCCAAGCUUCCUCAAGCCACACUCGGACAGGGAUAUGGGAUGACUGAGGCAGGGCCCGUGCUUUCAAUGAGCUUAGCGUUUGCGAAGAAGGCGUAUGGGGCAAAAUCAGGUGCGUGCGGGACCGUCGUAAGAAACGCUGAGAUGAAGAUCGUUGAUCCUCACAGUGGCCUGUCCCUUUCCCGGAAUCAAGUAGGUGAGAUUUGCAUCCGAGGCCAUCAGAUUAUGAAAGGUUAUUUAAAUGACGCGGAGGCGACGAAUAGAACAAUAGACGAAAGAGGAUGGUUGCACAGUGGUGAUAUUGGAUACGUUGACGAUGACGACGAGCUCUUCAUUGUGGAUCGCUUGAAGGAACUCAUCAAAUACAAAGGCUUCCAGGUGGCUCCUGCUGAGCUGGAAGCUCUCCUCAUUUCUCAUCCCUCCAUUUCUGAUGCCGCCGUUGUUCCGUACAUUAUUGAAUUGAGUUAUUUUAGGAUGAAAGAUGAAGCAGCCGGAGAAGUUCCAGUGGCUUUUGUUGUAACAUCAAAUGCUUCUAAGGUCUCUGAUCAUGAAAUCAAGCAUUACAUCUCCAAGCAGGUUGUAUUUUACAAGAGAAUCAACAGGGUUAUUUUCGUAAACUCAAUUCCAAAGGCACCCUCUGGCUAGAUACUGCGCAAAGACCUCAGAGAAAGGCUUGCGUCAAGUUAAUCUGUUCGGCCCAAACCCAAGCCCACAUGAAUAUGGGCCCAAAUUAAUUAGCCUGGUAUAUUUUUUAUUUUAUCUCUAUUGAUUGUAAAUGCGGAAUGUGAGAGUAAAACACAUCCAAGGCUUUUACGAAAAAGGAAAAACUCAUCCAAGGUGUUGUAAUUUAUAAAUGAUUGUAUAAUUGGAAUGAUUAUAAAAAAUUCAAACCAAACUCUUCUCAUAUCCAA